GCUUUUUGUUAAGUCCUCGUCAUGAAUUCUGCUUUUGGGUCCUCACCUUUAACACACCGUGACAGUCCAGCGUUAUGAGAUCAACAUCCUGCGACUCAUCGAGUGUGAACGCACUUAGUUGUGUGUGAGGGUGUGAUGUGAUGUGACAGUUUGUCAGUGUGUUCAUCAUGAAGCUCCCGCUGCUCCUCGCUCUCCUCACCGUCAGUGAAGGUGGCGGCAGCAGUGUCGUUGGUGUAACAGGCGAGGACGUCUCUCUGACCUGUACAUACGACCACCGUCUCUACGGACCGCUGUCAGUCUGUUGGGUUCGAGGAACGAUACCAACCUCCGGCUGCGGUGACCUGCUCAUCUCCACACGCGGAGGUAAAGUGACAGGAGAAGGCGGAGCUUCCAGCAGGUACCGGUUACUGGGACGCCUGGAGGGCGGAGACGUUUCUCUGACCAUCCUGAACAUCUCUGAGACGGACGCCGGACCAUACGGCUGCAGGGUGGAAAUACCCGGAUUGUUCAAUGAUUACAAACAUCAGUUUGAUUUGACCGUUGAGAGAAGUCCACAGAUGACCACAUCAACAACAUUUAACAGAGAGACGUCUACAGAGCAGACGGACAGUUACACAACAGCAGGUCAGCUGACCUCCACUGAGCGCCGUCUGACUUCCUCAUCCAGCAGCAUCACAGCCGAGGAAGCAAGCGGGCUGAACGUGGUUCUGCUGUGUGUUCUGUUCGGGUUGGUAGCUUUGCUCACAGUCGCUGCUGCAAUCGUCAUUAUCGCGAGCAGACGGAGAAGACUCAACAAAGCCUCCGCGCUGCAGCUGGACAGUUCGGCCCGGUUCAGCUCGUCCGCGCUGCAGAGUCGAGGGUCGGUCGUGGAAAACAUCUACCAGAUGGACGGCGACGGAGGAGAGUAUGAGUACGUCCGCUGAAGCUCCGCCCACCGACCUGCCGACCCGGGAGACGACGAGAUCUGGACAAAUCAACAUGGCUGCGCUCCAAAUCUCGUACUUUUUGUUUUUACUGUUCAGAAAGCCGACGGCGCCCUGAAUCACUUCCUGUGUCUGUGUCGUCUGUACUGUUUGUACACAGUUUGGACAACAGCUUCGUCCACGUUGACCCUCUUGCUCCUAUAUGGCCGUCAUCAGGCUCCCUCGUAUCUUCCACUGCAAAGGAUUGUGGGUCCGAACAGCCAGAACAGCAUGUUGGAUGCAUCCUGGUGUUGGGCCUGAAUCUGUCUCCUGCAGUCCCCCAGACGGCCAGCAGAGCUGUGCAGCUUGAAUCAUGUGGACAAACAGUGAGACACUGAAAUAAAAAUGUUUUUGACAAAAGUCUACAACAAAAACAAAACUGCGUCCAACUACGAGUCCCAGAGAGCAUCAGACUAUCACGUGGCUAAUGCUAAUGCUAAUGCUAACGUCUUGUGAUGAAUGCAUCUGUUAUUUCACGGCUGGAUUACUGCAACUCAUCAUCAGGUUGUUCCAAACAGUCCCUUAAACUCUUCAGUUGAUCCCAAAUAAGAAGCAGGAUCAUAUUACUCUUCAUCAGCUCUGCCUCACGUUAACUUAUUUUCACACCCUCCUGGAUCCGUCUUGUUUUUAUAUACGAUGUCAUCAUGUUGUAUUUUUACUCCACACUCAUCUAUCGCAGUCUGUCCUGGGGGGGUUCUCCUUGUGUGCCGUGAGGGUCUGUAUUUGGGCUGUAUAAAUAAAGUUUUGAUUAGUAAGAA